UAUAUUUUUUCGUCUUCGUCUCGUCUCGUCUUCUUCCCCAAUUUCUCGCGGCGUCGUUCCGUCCCAAAUAUCGCCCCGCGAUCCCCCACCUCGCCGACUGGCUCCCCCGCUCCACCUCGUCGACGGGCAGAGGAGACCCCUCAGGGCCGGGAUCGGACUCCUCUUUCACCGGCAAUUGAACUCACGCAGGGUAUACGGUUAAUAAGGCCAAAGUAUACCAAUUUGAUUGCCGUGUCUGUCGACUGCACUCGCAACCGAAUCGAAUGUGGAAAGUGCCUGUCUCCAGAGGUCCUUUAUAGCCUGUUUUAGGCUUUGUUUUGCACGAUUUUUCCAUGCACUUUAGGCUAAAAAUGCUUUGGUCUGAAACCUAUCUGCCCUUUUUUCUGGCCGCCAACGGUUUCAGCCAACGCAUACCAGUGAUGAAGAUCUUCCGCUGAAGCUUGCUCAAGCUGCAAUAAAGCAUGACGGUUGUGCACAUAAUGAUGCUUAAUCAUUCAUGUUGCGAAACCCUCCAGUGGAACUUCCUUCUUCUGAUGCAACCAUGUAUAGGUGGACCUAGUUUUGAGGUGGAUGCGCUGAGUUUUGAAGGUGGCGAGGGAUCUUUGCUGCGGGGUUCUAUUUGUUCUCAGUGAUUUUUGGCAAACACUCUUUGGUUAGAUUAAGAAUCAUGGAAAGGUACAAAUUGAUACGGAAGAUAGGUGAUGGAACCUGUGGGAAUGUUUUUAUGGCUUCUAAUGUAGAAACUAAUGAAAUUGUUGCUGUUAAAAAAAUGAAGAGAAAAUUUUGUCAUUGGGAAGAAUGUAUUAGUCUGCGAGAAGUGAAGGCCCUUCAGAAACUAUUUCACCCUAACAUUGUGAAGCUGAAGGAAGUGACGAUGGAAAACCAUGAGCUGUUCUUCAUCUUUGAACACAUGGAGUGCAAUUUAUAUGAUGUCAUAAGGGAAAGGCAAGUUGCUUUCCCUGAAAGGGAUAUAAGGAACUUUAUGGUCCAGAUACUGCAAGGUCUUGCAUAUAUGCAUAAUAAUGGGUAUUUUCACCGUGAUUUAAAACCUGAGAAUUUGUUGGUGACAAAUGGUAUUAUUAAAAUUGCUGACUUUGGGUUGGCAAGAGAAAUAUCUUCCAAUCCUCCUUACACUGAUUAUGUUUCCACCAGAUGGUAUCGGGCUCCAGAGGUUCUACUGCAAUCUUCAGUUUAUACACCUGCUAUUGACAUGUGGGCGGUUGGUGCUAUUUUGGCUGAGCUUUUUACACUGUCCCCACUUUUUCCUGGUGAAAGUGAAACUGACCAGCUUUACAAAAUAUGCACUGUGCUUGGGACCCCUGAUUGCACUAUUUGGCCAGAGGGAAUGAACCUGCCUCGUUCAUGCAGCUUUAAGUUUUUUCAGAAUCCUCCAAGAAACUUAUGGGAGCUUAUUCCUAAUGCUUCAUCUGAAGCAAUCGAUUUGAUCCAGCAACUUUGUUCCUGGGAUCCUCGAAGGAGGCCAACUGCUGAGCAAGCAUUACAACAUCCUUUCUUCAAUGUGUGCAAUUGGGUACCAAGACCUGUACAUGAUGCUUACCAUACAAAAACAAACGGACCUAAAGCUGAACCAAGAUUGGAACUGAACCUGUGGGAUUUCAGCACAGAACCUGAUGAUUGUGUCCUUGAUUUAACUCUCAGUCUGAAGCCAAGUUUUUCUGGAACAGACCUUGGUAAGCAUGUUCCACGACGUACAGAAGAGGAAAUUCUCCUGUACCCGGGAUUUGAGAAUACCCCUGUGAAGUCCGGUUUUUGGCCUCUGGUGCCAUCUGAUCGUCCCGUUGGUGAUGUUCCGGCCAUACCAUCCUGGCAGCAGGCGUACAUGGUUGACAGCCAAGGCGCAUUUUCUGGCUCUCCGUUCUUGCAGUCGAACCUGUUGGAGAACCGUUCGUUAGCACCUAUCCGGCAGGUGAAUUUCUUCUGACGGAGACAGGAUUAACAGAUUCAUACGAUUCUUGAUACGUCCAGCUUCUCGCUGUAUACACACUAUCUUGAAUAAAGUGUUGCCAGUAGAGGAAAUGUAUAUACAGUUCGUUCGUAGCUCUUGAGCUUCUUUCUUUCUAGAGUACCUCUUUUUUUUUAAUCGUCUGUUCAUAUUCCACACCACUCCUAUGUAAAUAACGGCAUGCAUGAUAAUCUCUCUCCCAAAAACAAACAAUUUUGUUUGUACGCCGGCUGCUUUGAUUUUAGAAAACUUUAAAACAGA